GUUGAAAUGGAAACAAAGAAGAAAACGGAGAAACGCGGUUGUGGGCUGUUUAGAACACUACUGGCUCUGGCUGGACAAUUCCAAUUUGUCUCUUCUCUUUCUUCCUCUCUCUCUUUCCCUAAUUCUUUCUUUUUCUAACAUUAACAAAGCAGAAACACGUCUUAUGGUAUUUAUCAACUUAGCAUUAGACUGUUUCUCCCAUUUAUUAAUCUAAGAGCAAACCUUCCUUUUUAACUUAGCUUUUAUUAGUUGCAUUUAUUGGCCAAAUUCAGCAAACCAGCUUGUGGGUUGUGUUCAAAAUUUGGGUACAAGUAGGUUUGGACUUGAUCUCGAAACUGCUGUGAAGAUUGAACUUUUAAUUCUUUAUUGGGUUUCCCGACAUUCCAUUUGAGUUGUAAAGAUUGGAUUUUUAUCCAAAAAUUUGGGUUGUUUAGAUCAGGAAAUUUGUGUUUGGGAUAAGCAAAAUGAUGGGUUGGAUUCAGCGUCAUCGGCUCUGUUGUGUGAUUUGGAUGUGUUUCAGUGUUUUAACCAGCAUCGCAGCUUCAUCUUACAUUUCAGAUGGCGUUUUCCUGGAUCAAAUUUCAACUGGCAGAAACCUUCUCCAGCAAAAAUCAGGUGCACCCAUUAUCUUUAUGUUUUCCCUUUAGUUGGAUCAGGUGCAUUUAGUUUAUUUUUGUUUGAAUGUUGGAAUUCUGUUGAAGCUUCGGCACAAGUCAACUGGUCUACCCUGCGAAAUCAUGAAGAUGUUUGAAUCUUUUUUCUAGCUUAUAUGUUUGUAAACCUACCCGGGGCGGCGGGGAAGGUGAUUUAACGGAAGACCUCAAAUGUGAUUUGUCUAGUUUUAUGAUUGUUGAUUUUAGCUGAGCCUUGGGAAUUCCUUGCGAAAAGCUAGUUUAAAGGGCUCUUUUGUGUUUCCUUUUUUCCAGCAUUUUGUUGAUGGUAACAAGACCUCUUUUGGGUUGUUGUGUUGUGUGCAUUGUGUUAGGCCCUUCCUCUCUGAUUUGUAUUCUUGACAUUCUAAACUUGACAUCAGAGCAUUGUCAGAAUAAAAGGUAAUGGAGAUUAGAGACUCAAAGUUUCUGACUGAGUUUAAGAGCGAUGGCUGAUGGAGUUUCUGUUUUGAACUAUUUUGGUUGCAGUUUUUCUAGGGUUUUGUUCUUUAUAUGAUGUGGUAAAUGGAGGUUCAGAGCCAUUGCUUAACUUACCUACAGUUACCUUCUGCAAUUUUUUUUAAUCAGAAUACUGAAUUUUUUCUGAUGUUAACUGUUCUGUUCAGCAUUUGCACAACCUCGUGAAUUAUCUAGUUUACAGUAUGGAUGUUGAUCCUACGUCGAAGGAAUUUUGGAAAAUAGUUCAGAACUGUCCUGUUCCUUGAUGGUGUUUGAGAUGAAAAGCAGAGUAGCAAUUGACCUAAAGCAGAUUUGGGGAUAGAAUUUAUCCCAAAUUGUCGGCCCUUAAUAAGAUUUGUCACAAGAGCUAUAUGUCUGAUCAUUUCCGCAAGCAUAUUCUAACUCAUUUUCAAAUUCCAAGCAUUUUACAACCAUUAGCCGUUUCUGCUUUGCAAUAUAUCUAAUACAUGAAGAAACAUGCAUGUGUAUUGAUAAGCUUGUUUUGUCUCAUUUGUUCUGCAGGCUGCCCUAUUAGCUUUGAGUUCCAGAAUUACACUAUCAUCACCAGUAAAUGCAAAGGUCCACAAUACCCUCCUGACCUUUGUUGCCAGGCGUUCAAGGAUUUCGCCUGUCCUUUUGCAGAUCAAAUUAAUGAUUUAUCAAAUGACUGUGCCACGACCAUGUUCAGCUACAUCAAUCUUUAUGGGAAGUAUCCUCCUGGUCUUUUUGCAAGUGAGUGCAGGGAAGGCAAGAAUGGCCUUGAGUGCCCAGCACUACCACCAGAAUCAGCCAACGACAGUGGGAGUCUGUUAACACGCAACCCAUCAACACCCCUAAUGCUUGCAACAAGUUUUGUAGUUCUGCUGCUAACGCGGCUCAUCUAGAAAUGAUUUGCCAUCCGGGCUCUGCAUUCCUUGACCAUUUUUUUGAUGAUUGUUGGUGAUUUCUCACGAUAUUGUCCUAGCCUGGUGUAUUUCACACUGCGAUAGUGUUCAUAUAAUUUAUUUCUGCUGCCUUCUUUUCUGCUAAUACAAGUAACAUCUCCAUGUAUUAAACUUCAUUCUUGCGAGUUCAAUGAAAUUGCUAUUUUACCCUCGUGAAUAUUUUCGUAGAGGGCAAAUGCACUUUCUAUACUAUUAGCCUCAGGUAAUUUUUCCGCAGUCGUUGGUUGUUGUGAGGAUAUUUGUUCUGCUGAUGGGAAAGAUAAACUGCAAAUCUGGAAUCAUACUGAAUAUUAUUGCAGAAUAUGCUAGCUUGGAAAGUCACUGACUUUUUCCCAUUUCUUCUGAUACUAACUAACGUGGAGGCCUCCUCUAUUAUUUAUUUAUUUAUUUUUAUUUUUUUU